AUGAGAGCCACAAUCAUUGCAUUAGUUGCAAGUCUUUCCUCAAUGGUUGUUUCCAAAAAUGUGUACAACUUGCAUGCGCUUGAUAAUCAUGACCAAGCCUCAAAUGAUAAACGAGAUGCCAAAAAUGUGCCACAUUUGGACAAUUUGAAGGUGUCUUCGGAGAAUGGGAAAAGAGACGCUGAACCAAAGAAUGUAAUCAAUUUACAAGAUUUGAAAAUUGGGGUCAAUGAAGAAGAGAAUGAGAAACGAGAUGCUAAAAACACUCCCAAUUUGGUUGAUUUGAGUAACAAGUUUUUACAUGAUGAGUCUGAUAAAGAUUUGGCAAAGAGAAAGAAUACUUUUAGAAUUUCGGAUUUUAUCCAUGAAGAGAAUCAUGACAAAAGAGAUGCAAAAAAUACAUUCAAAAUUGCAAAAUUUGCUAAAGCAUCUACCAAGAAACGUGAUGGACAAGAGGUUCUCAAUCUUCCAGAUGGAGAGGAAACAAAAGAUGAUUAUGUGUUCACCUUCAACUCUGCUGAUUGCUACAAUAACUUGUUGCAAUCAAUUUUACCUCAAUUGAAAUCAGUUUCCAUUUUCGCCGGGUACAUCAGAGACAAUAAGGAACUCAACUCCAGAACCGAAUCUUUAGAAUCAAACAUGUUGAUUGUUAGUCCAACUGAUGACGCGAUCGAGAAUAAGCUUUCCAAUUUGAAACCUUGGGAAUUCCCCGCACUGUUGAAUGAAGCUAAAACUGAGCAAGAACAGGACAAGAUUUUACAAGAUAAUUUACAAAACUAUUUGGAUGGACAUAUUGUUAUUGAUUUGCAAGAUAAAAUCAGCAUUGAAGAUGGCAACGAGGACAAGGAGAAGAUUGUUGUUACUAAAUUGAAUAAUGGUGAAUUAUUGGAAAUUAAACAAGAUAUAGCCAGUCAGACAUUUUCAGUUAGAGUUGCAGCAAAACAAAAGAAAUGGAUUCCAGUUGUUACUGUAAGACAAGUUGAAAAUGGCUUCAUUUUUGUCAUUGACGAUUCCUUGGUCAAACCAUAA